AUGUCCUCCUACUUCUUUCUCUCUCUCGCCGCCCUUCUCUUCACCCUCUCUCUCCUCUCCGGAAGCACCUCGCUUCCCACUUCCACCACCACCAUCGGCGCCACCUACUCCGCCGGAACCGCGGCCACGUACUCCAUGCCACCCACUCCAGACAAGGUGGCCCACGCCGUCGCCGCCCUCGGCCUCCGCUCUCUCCGGCUCGACGCCUCCGACCCGACCCUGGUCCGCGCCUUCCUCUACUCCAACACCACCCUCCUCCUCACCAUCCCCAACCAGAUGGUCCCGCCCCUCGCCGCCAACCGUUCCAACGCCCUUCGCUGGCUCUACGUCCACGUAGUCCCCUUCUACCCCCGCACCAAGAUCUCCACCAUCUCAGUCGGCAACGACCCUCUAGAAUCUUCCCCCGACUUCUCCACCUUCCUCCUUCCUGCCAUCCGCAACCUCCACCUCUCCCUCCGCGACCUCGGCAUCCGCAAGAUCUCCGUCUCCACCACCUUCUCUUUCAUCAGUAUCAUUACGACGCCGUUUCCCCCUUCCUCUGCCCAAUUUCUAGAGCCCGCCCUGGACACCGUCGUCAGACCCUUGCUCCAGUUCCUCCGCGACACCAAUUCGUCGUUCUUGGUCAAUAUCUACCCGUACAACCUCUACAAAAUCCGCAGCGAGAUUCCAAUCGGGUUUCCCCUGUUUCAGGAGCACCCUUUCGGCUUCCGUGACGACCUCACCACCGGCGUCCGGUACCGGAACCUCUUCGACAUGAUGGUCGACGCCGUCAUUAGCGCCAUGGCCGUCGCCGGUUACGAGAAUAUUCCGCUGAUUGUGACCGAGACUGGGUGGCCGAGUUUCAGUACCGAUCCGGCCGAAAUUGACGCCAACCCGAUUUACGCCGAGCUGUACCUCAAGGGUCUGCUGUGUCAUCUGAGGUCCGGGAAAGGCUCGCCGUUAAGGAAAGAAGGGGUGUCCGAGACGUACAUAUAUGAGCUGCUUGAUAAGCAAAUGAGGAAGGGGCGCAAUUGGGGGAUACUCUACCCCAAUCUGACCGCCAAGUACAAGUAUAUUCAGUUCUCUGGGUCCUAUUGCAGAGGUUUCUUUGAUAUAUUGAUCAUGGCGGUUGGCCAAUUCUUGGUUUUUGCUUUCUUGCGUGGUAAUGGAUCCUUUUGUCUACUCUAGAUUGUGGACUGUGAUUAAGCUUCAGCUACUUGGUUUCAUUGUUUGGGUAGCUCUGUUGUUUGAUUCUUGGAAGUUUCUUUGAGAUGCUGAUCAUGGAAGUUGGGCAAUUCUCGGUCUUUGCUCUUAGACUGUGAUUUAGGUUCAGUUGCUUACUGUCAUUGCCAAGAAAGUAGCACUCGGAUUUGGAGGCUCCUUCGUCAAUUGGGUUUAUGGAGAAAGUGUCGUUAAUUUCUUGUAUGUGCCUUUUGAAGAUGGUGUUGGGGCUUCAUAAAUGUUCAAUUUGGGCUGCUGCUUU